GGAGGGCUAGGAGAAGGAUCAUUUAACCAUUAUGGAAAGUGGUUCAGGUAGCUAGGUUCAGAUGCAAAUAAAGUAGUAUUAAGUGAAGUAUUAAUCAGAAAAUUGCCACCUUCACUCUGAUUUUUAUUGUUGUUGGUAUUGUUGAUUAUAAGAAAAUUAACAAAUGAAUUAAAAAAAACCCAGAGCAAUCAUCAUUCCAUGUCAGUUUCUGUGCUGGCCCUACAGCAAUGUGGUUGCCAAAUGGACAAACGGGCAGUAGGGCCAAUAUUUACAGACUUGGGCAUCUAACUACAGGAGGGAGUUGCCAAGGAUCUCUGAAAUCAGGACAUUAUCUAGGAAGUUAAAUAUGGAUUUAGAUGUGCUUUGAAAAUGCUGGCAUACGUAACACCUAGGUAAAAGUAUGUAGCGUGUGCCAGUUAUCUGAAGGAUUCAGGUUCUGCGCCGUUUACUGAGAGGCUAUUAGUAAGUGCUUGGCAGUGCAGGAUAGGUGGUUUGUUUUAAUUGCAAGGUCACUCAGACCAUAAGCAGUUUUUUGCUUGCCUGAGCAAUUGUGUCAGUGAAUGGUAAUUCAGAACAGCAGUAACCUGGACUGCACUCUGCUCAGAGUUUAUAUUCUCCAUUCAGUACAUCAGGAAAUGAAAUCUGAGAAGCUACGUAUGUUUUGAGCCUGCCUGCCUGAGUGGCAACACAAAUAUCUGAGUUUAUUCAGUUAUUACUCUACAGAUACACUGAUAGCCAUCAAAUAUAACCAAAUAUCAGUCUGCCUUCAUUUUUCCCAUUCAUCUAGGACAGAAUGAGAAAGCACUAGUUCAUGUUCUUUGAUUUGAAUAGACGAGAGAUAGCCUGCAGUAGAUUAUGAAGAAUUAGCCAUCAAGCAGAACUGAACACCAAAACUCCCAGCCUCGAAGGCCAGUAUUUUCAGAACGUCAACCCCUUUUGUAUUUAAAUUUGCUGAAAUCUAAUUUAAAAGGUGAAAUGGGUAUUCUGUGGAAUUUCUGAGCUGGGUGAACAUUGUCUCAUCUACAUGUGUGAUUCACUCUACUCAAAGUAAAACGGCAGCACUUAAAGAACCAAACUAUUUGAGUUAUUCCAUAAAAAUGUGCAGACUCUAUAACUCUUGGAAAACUUAAGCUGGAGAAAUCAGAAUUCGUCUUGUUCUCUACCAAAAAGAUACAGCAGAAGUAGCUGCAGUGUAUAUGCUCCUCACACUGACCUGCCACGGUACCUCAAAGGCUGUCCCAUAUAAGGGUGAGAAAGCAGCAUCAUUGCAGUAGUCAGUGAGUCUUAGGUCUUGUCUUUUCUGCUGAAACUACCAAUGAGAGCACCAGCUGGUGCAAAAGUGCAGUGGCUUGGUGAUGUGAACAUGGAUGGAGAGCAUCAAACUCACUUCACAGAAUUAUUAGAUAUGCAAUUUGAGGUUGGAAAGUUCCCAAAUAAAUCUUGCCAAGAGUACUCAAGAUACAAACUAUUUCUGUGCAGCCCAACAAUUUCAUAUGAAGAAGUCAAGUGAUCAGAUGGUUUAAAAUCUACUACGGUUGCUAAUCCGUUGUGCAACUAUUUCAACAUUUUGGAAAACACACACAGUGCUUAAACAUUUGAGAAAAUGAACAAGUCACUGUAACACUAUUUUGUUAGCAGAAAACGUUCCUGAUCAGCUUUCCUCUCUUUCAAACAAACUGUAAUGUUAAUGGAUGCAUACGAAAUGUCAUGGUUUGAUUGUUCUAGUAGUCUAAGCCUUUCACAUUAAAGCAAGCUUUUUCAUCUGGUAAUACAUUUGCCUUGAACUUGGACUGAAGCAACGCAAUCCACGUGACAGCUGAAAUCUUUACCCCUCUCCAUCCAAAAAAACCAUCCCAAUGUAUUUAUUUCCAAUUUGAUGGGGGUAUUCAUGCUUUCAUAGUAUCCAGUGGAAUCUAUUGUUCUCUGGCUUUUAACUUACUUGCCUAUACAGAAUGCAUAUCGGUUCUCUUGUUUAUAUAGUGCCCAUGUACUCUGCAUCUUAUUGUUCUUUAACGUUUCAUUGGUAUGUUUUCUGCAUGAAAAGUAACUCCAGACAUUAAAGAACACAAAAAAGAUUGGCACGUAGCUACUUUCAAAAUUUUAAUAAAGGCAGUAUAAUUACCCUCAGAUUAUCAGUGCCAGGGGACUUUCUCUGUUGAACUCCCCCAUACUAUAUAGGAGACAAGGAGGUGGCUGGGGGUUAGCAACCAGAGUACUGUCUACCUUGGCCCACACCUGCUGUGGAAUGUACAGUUCAGGGGGCGUAGGCCAGGGUGGUUCCAGAAAGGACAUACACAAGCCCUGCAGAUGGUCCAAAGGGCAGCUACCUACUUAGGAUAUGAACAGGAUGCAAUGGAACUGUGCUGUCAGGAAAGCAGAGCCAUUGCAGAGAACCAAGUCUAAGAUUCCUUAGAGUCUGUGGAAAUUUGCAGACAAGGACCACAGAGCAUCUUAUUCCAGGGUCAACAACCCUGCUUUCACUCCUCUUCCACUUCUCCUGCCUCUCUUUGAUGGGUUUUCCACAGGACAGGUCAUCUGGCUAUAACAUUUUUACAUCAUAUACAGGUCUGGAAUAAUUUGAUUUUUAUAAUUAUUUGGAAGCAUUUUUUUUCUAUUCUUAGCCAUUUAAAUUUUCACAGUUAUGGGAAAUUAUAGGGGGAAGCACACAAUUAUUUGAUGAGAGUAUAUUUUGAGAUUCAAAAAGUUAAAAGCUUUAACUGUUAAAACACAAAUUGUCAACAUCAAACGUCAAAAUAUACAAAGUAAACAUCCUUAAACCAAUGCCUAAUAUGUCCACAAGGAGCAUUUUUCUUUCUUUGCCUAUUUGUAAAUUUUGAUGGUCAUGGAUGGAAAUAUUUUUUCAGCUUGUGCAGGUAUGAUGAAAUUAACAUUUACUGAUAUUUGCCAGGAAAAAUCUAAUUCUUCCAAGCCUAGUUAUGCAAUGGACUGAGUUACUAGCACAACCAAGCUUCUCGAAAGAAAAUGUCAUUGGUUAUUGAAAGUGACCCAAUGUGUUUAAUACAAAGAAAACUCCUGAGCAAAAAAUAAGUAUUCUCUUAAUCGAGCCUUUCACUAAACAGGGAGAAUUUUCUCAGUAAUUAUUUUUAGGGUCCUAGAUUCCACUGGCACACAACAUAUUGGUAGUUCUUUCUCAUAUGCAGAUUAGGGAGGCUAGCAGCCAAUGAGAUACUCUUGUUUUGGAGCCUUUCGACUAACCUAACUCCAUCCCUUCUACUGGUCUCUACUUAAAAUAUUUCCCUUGGAUUUGAUUAACAACCUAUGUACAAUCCUGCUCAUGCUUCUACAACCUCUUUUGGCUAGUCAAAAAGGCAGAGCCGUCACCAGUAACAUCUGGGACACAGAAAGGAAUUAGCAGCAAGAAAAACCUGAUUCCUGGUACCACACAGCAGACAGGAUCUGGUUUAGCCCUCACCAUUAAAACUUCAGGCGGGAAAAUUUAAAAGGUGCCAUAGCUUCUCAGAUCCCAUAAACAGACACUUUUCCAACAACCCUUUAACAGGUUGUUACAAAGUUAAGCGAAACUGCUGAGCCAAUGAACUGAACUAGGGAUUCCUGGUGUGGGGAAGUUCUAAUAGAUUACUGGACAGAGAACAACACCUGCAGAUGCAAAUACAUUGAGUCUGUAAUGUCUGCAGUAAUUAUUCAGGGAGUGCAACCUAGAUCUUUGCAUAAUCUCCUGAGUGUCACCUCAUCAAUCUAAGCCCAGGAGGUUUCAGUCAGGUGAGCAGAGUAAGCCUUAAUAUAAAAUGGACAGGGAAAUCCGCAAUUUUGUAUGCCUAUAUUUCUCAUAUACAUCGAGGCCCAGAUCCACAAAAGGCUUUAGGUGCUAAAUCCCAGAUUUAGGCAUCUCUGCAAUCCACAAAACCCUCACUUGGCUGCCACCUAACCUACAGACACCCAAAUUCACUCAGUACCUAUAUUUUCACUGUAAAAGUCCCCACGUUUUUGCAUCUGAACAUGUGCACGGCUGCCUCAGGUAGGCAUCCAGACACGUCUCUCACAUUUCAGACCCAGUGCAAUCCUCAAACCAGGUGGAGAUAGUUGUCUGUAACUCUAGCGAAUAUGUCUGGUCAUGGUAAGGGAGGCAAGGGUCUUGGGAAAGGAGGCGCUAAGCGCCAUAGGAAGGUGUUGAGGGAUAACAUCCAGGGUAUUACGAAACCCGCUAUUCGCCGUUUGGCUCGUCGUGGGGCAGUGAAGCAUAUUUCAGGUCUCAUUUACGAGGAGACUCGCAGGGUGCUGAAAGUGUUUCUGGAGAACAUGAUCCGAGAUGCCGGUACUUACACCGAGCAUGCGAAGCGGAAGACUGUGACUGCUAUGGACGUUGUUUAUGUGUUGAAGUGCCAGGGUCGUACUCUGUACGGAUUUGGAGGCUAAGCUGUGCUAGUAAUUGUUUUCGAAAACAUCUAUCUCGCCACCAAAGCCUGAUCCUGGAGGCGUGCUCUGGGCACACCUAAACACGACACUUGUAACUUUUAUCCCAGUGCUUAGGGUACUCCACAGGACUAUAGAGUCGUUCUCACUCACUCUCUGGCCCAAAGCAUAUUUAAAUUAUUUAUACAAAAUGGAAUAGCGUUAAUAGGCGAGACAGAGACCCACAUCAGAAUAUCCCACAUUCCAAUCCCUUUUCAGCAGGCAGAGAGAGGAAUUGAACUGGGAUCUCCCACCUCCCAGCCAGCAAGACAAAAGCAAAAAUACUGCCCAAGACGGCAGAUACUGUGGUAUGCUGCCCCCUCCCAGUGAGGGACAAGAACAACUGAGGGAACAAUGGAAGGGGUGAAGCUAGUCUAGUUGAAGGUACCUAAUAGGAAAGUUUUUCAUUGGCUGUUAUCCUGAGUCAUUUGCUACCUAUCUGUUCUGUACCAGUGAAAUCUGGGACCCAGAAUAUGAGCUUUGGGAGAAGGGGAAUUUAAAAAAAAAAGGCCAGUUGCAAACAAAAAUCAAAUGCAAAAAUAUCAGCAGGCAUCUACCAGUGAAACAUUAAUUACAGUUCUAAAGGCGGUGUCCGUAAUUAAUUUUCUCACAUCCAUACAAAUAGGAAUAAAGUACGAAGAUGGUGAUUUCACAAUGUUUGUAAAUUACUAAGUUAAUUAACAGCCUAUCAUUAGAGAGAAGAUGAAGGAAAUGUAGAGGAACCUCAUUUGACAUUAUUCAGAACUCUCAAAGGAAAGAAGAGACUUGUGAAAAAAUAAAUUAAUUGCAAGUUUUUCUCCUUUAUCUUGAUCUCAUUUCUGUUUACAUACUUAAAUCUGCUUCGUCCUUCAGAAUUCUGGGACUAACGAUUUUCAGUUAAAUCGUCUUGGAGGAGUCACUAGUCCCUCAUCUUGUCUCUGAGGAGUAGUUAACUUGGAAUCUAAAAGUAACGUAGCAAAGUCAAAAUGUGCUUCGUCCCUUCUAAAACAGCCCUUAAUUUGUCAGGACAGUAAACUGCAGCUGCUGGUCUAGUGCAGGCAGGUUCCUCUUCUAACAUGUCUGAUUUGUAUCAUUUUUCUGGGCUCUAGCUAGAGGGGUCCAAAAAUGUGCAUUAAUUUAGCCAAUUAAAAGAUUGGCUUUAGUUUCUCUCUUCUACCCCACAUGGAAAGAAAUGUAACCAUAAUGGUUCUGCAUCUCUCUAGAGCAAUUUACUGCUACCAG